GGGCCGGGCGAGGCGUCUAGAGGCGGUGGACUGUGGUCGGCUGGUGUGUGCCAUGGCGGAGCCGGUGAGGAAACGGGGCCGCCGAUCCCGGGGCGGCGGUGUCGGCCGGGGGGCUUGCGGGUCCCGGGGCGGCUGGGGCCGGCGUCCUCGCGUCCCUCGGUCUCCAGGCCGGCCCACCCUGGACUCGGUGUUUGUGGACUUGGUCAGCGACAGCGACGAAGAUAUCCUGGAGGUCGCAACAACGCGCAGCGCUGCGGACUCGGUCGAAGUCCCUCACCCGGAGCCCCCAGUGCCGGCUGCCCCCCGGGACGACAGCGACAGUGACAGCGAAGGGGCGGACGCACCGCCCGCCGGAGCCCCGCGGGCCCCGGUCAGGCGGCGGCGGCGGCUGCUGCUGGAUCCGGGGGAGGCACCGGUUGUUCCGGUGUACUCCGGGAAGGUGAAAAGCAGCCUUCAUCUCAUCCCAGAUCACCUGUCCCUCCUGAAACUCUGUCCUCCAGAAGCUGAGGAAGAGGCCGAUAUGGCAGAUUCUAGCAGUCCGCAUGCUGAAGAUGUCCCGUUUCCAGAUUCCCCCUGGAAGAAGAAGCUGAGGAGUAGAGAUGCAGAAGAGAAGACAAAGGAGGUGUUUCUGUUUCAAGACACCUCUCCUUUGUCUCCGCCUCCUCCGAGAACCAAAAGCAGGAAGCAUACUCGGGCACUCCAGAAGUUAAGGGAGGUGAACAAACGCCUGCAAGAUCUCCGUUCCUGCCUGAGUCCCAAGCAGCACCAGGGCCAAGACCACCAGAACCAAGAGGAUGAGGUGGUCCUAGUGGAGGGUCCCACCCUUCCAUCGAGCCCCCGGCUCUUCCCACUGAAAAUCAGGUGCCGGGCUGAUGUGAUCAGGUUGCCCAUGAGGAUGUCGGAGCCCCUACAGAGUGUGGUGGACCACAUGGCCACCCAUCUCGGGGUGUCCCCAAGCAGGAUCCUUUUGCUCUUCGGAGAGACAGAGCUGUCCCCCACUGCCACUCCCAGGACCCUAAAGCUUGGAGUGGCUGACAUCAUUGACUGCGUGGUGCUAGCAAGUUCUCCGGAGACCUCAGAGAUGUCCCGCCUGCUCCAGCUGCGGGUGCAGGGCAAGGAGAAACACCAGGUGCUGGAAGUCUCGCUGUCUCCGGAUUCUCCUCUCAAGACCCUCAUGUCCCGCUACGAGGAGGCCAUGGGACUCUCAGGCCACAAGCUCUCCUUCUUCUUUGAUGGGGCAAAGCUUUCAGGCAAGGAGCUGCCCGCUGAUCUGGGCAUGGAAUCUGGGGACCUCAUUGAGGUCUGGGGCUGAAACCCCGCGCCCUGUUUUGACGUACGGCCUGGACUUGGGGGAGGACAGCUGCCCCUUUUGGCCCUGUAUGGGCUUAUCUUUAAGCUGAAGCAAAAUCUAGCAGCGAACUUUGACCCCCUCUCCCGUUGACCCUGGUUUCAAGCCGUUAGUUACUUGGUUAGUUGUGUGGUUGUUCUUGCCGUCCUGGGUGGACUGUGGCUCCGCCCACUGGGUAUGCUGCGUUCGCAGCCCCCCAGGACACGGGGAAGGUAUCCCUCACUCCCACCGAGCCCCCUUUCCUUCCUGGAAAUGUUUUUAUGCAAAUGUUUUUAUGCAAGUGCUCCUAUUUAGAGCGAGUGGGAAUAAACGAGGGGUGGGUGUGGAUUCCAGGCCUGGGAUGUCUGGGAGCUGGGACCAGCAGUGGCCCCAGGGGGCUAGCAGGUAAAGUUUGAGGCACCUACACGAGUGUGGUUGCCCGGCCUGCAGGAAGAUAAAUGGUCCAGGCCCCACACGUGCUCACUUAAGCCCAGGCAGACAGGGUCUAGUGGAUCCUCAGCUUUGGAUGUCUUCCUCACCCCAGGACCCUUUAUAGGCACCUUCCUGAGGCACACACGUUGUUUAAGACAUAAUUGAACACCUCGAGCUCUUUUUGUUUGGAUCUCCCGAUGCUAGUCCACGAAAGGCUUCUCUGGUUUCACGGCUGUCUCUUCCCUGCUCAUGCCAGCCUAAGCACCCAUUCGAGUGUGCGGAUCGCGCGUCUUUGAAUACAAACGCAUCCUCGUAAGACGCGCUGAUGUGUGUGUUGAAUACACUUUUGCCACGUGCAGUAGCGCCGUGCUGUAGAUCUCGUGCUGUUUCUUUCCUCACUCAAUACGUGGUGCUUGUUCUACGUGGGAUUCAUCGCUCGAAGGACUCGUUGGUGUUCCUCGGGGGGCCUCGGCUGCACCUUGGCUGCACCUUACACGUUCAUGGGUCUCCUUCCGCGCUUGCGUGGCAGGUUCUCCAACAUAAGCCCCCAGGAUGGGAUUACGGGGCGGACGGGUUCAUUUCCCUGUGGUUCUACCAAAUUUUUCUCACGAAUGGCCACGGAGCCUCCCCCUGGAGGGUCCCCGUUUCUCCUCAGCCUCACCGGCUCUUGUUACUGCCCCGCUUUCCAACUUUUGCCAGCCUGUGGGGAGGAAAGUGGUGCCGUGAUUCAACGCACAUCCAUCCGCUCACCGGCACUUCCGGGAAUUUCUUCGCACGUGCCCCGCAGCCUUCCGGGCUCCCUUUCUGUGUGCUGCCGUGACGGCUGCCGACGGGCUCGCGGACCCGCGCUCGUGCUUGACCCUUUAGGGGUGUCCUUCACCGAACAGAAAUUCUCAGUUUGGAUGUUAGGUGCGUGGACUAUUUUGUCGUAUCAUUUGUUGCUUUUUGACUUCUUAUUUAAAAGUCGUUUAGAUAUUUUACAUUUUCUGCUCUUGGCUCCUUAGUUUGCCCUUGCACGUUUCGGCCACUAAGUAGGGCUGAGGUCCGGCCAUCCCACCCCGCCAUGCACGUCGGCUGGCCUCUGUUCUGUGUGGGCAAACAUUUGUUCGCAUCGGCUGAUUCCGGGCUGUACCGGCUGCUGAAUAUUGAAUAUUUCUUUUAAACGAUUUGCAUUCAACUUCGCCUAUGAGAUCCAGGCUUUAUUUUCACCACAGAAUGAGCCAGACUUCUCAGCGCUGUCUACUGAUAAAGCCAUUAAUUUGCCACUGAUACGUGGUAUAAUUCUGACGAAAGUAUGUCACCUUCUAAAAACCUCUUUUGUUGGAAUGUGGCAUUCCUUUGACCUUAUAAUGUGAGAAAAAUAGAAGCCUCUGUAACAGUAAAAUAAUCCACGAUAUGGCAUAACUCAUUUUUUUCAGAUCUUACUUUGUCCAUUAAUACGUUUGGACACGUUAAAAUUGUGUAUUCGGCCUUAACAAAAUAAACAGGAGUACAUUCAC